UUUUUUCUAGUUUAAAACAUACAAACAUUUUAACAUCAACAGUGAUUUGAGGGAAAAAAACAGAAUUAUUUUUACAAAAGUAAUACAAAUGGAUUCCUAUGUUAUAUAUGACAAAUACGGGAGAGAGGUCGAAAAUCCCUUUAGGCAAUCGAGUCAAGGUUGUCAAGGCUGUUUUGAAAAACAAAGGAAAUUAACUUCAGAUUCCGGAUACGGAGAUGAGAUGUUAGAAAGACGAGAUUCGGUCUUCGGUGAUUGUGAUAAUACAAAUACUUCCUUGAAAAGCAUUCUUGAAAAUGUCUGUCAAACUUCCCAAAAUAAAUACAAGUUCGGAAUGAACGAAUUCCCAAAAGCGUUUGAAAAACUGAAGCUUGGGGACGGAAGAAAGUGCUUUUCUCUUGACGAACAACAUAUCAAAGCGCAACGGAAAAGAAGAGUAACACCGGUACCGAAAGAUGUAAACAAAUCAAAACCUUCAAAAGGCUCAUUUGGUAGUGGAAGUGAUACGCCAGGUGGCGAAAAAACAAAUUUUUUAUUCGUCGAAGAAGAAGAUGAAGAUGACGUUGAACAAUAUAACUCAGAAGACGAUUAUAUUUGUCCAGAUAUUUUAUCAUGCAAAAGGUACACAGAAAAAAGAAACAGUUGGCAUGGACGGACAGAAGAAGAGUUAAAACAAGGCUUACGAAAAAAGGAAGUAACUUUACAGAAAUCGAAAAGUUUGGAUCGCGAGAAGUCUACAGCUGCCAGAAAGAGACGUAGAUUCAUGAUGUCGAGAAGUUCACUAGCACCAACUUCAACAAAUCUUCUAGAUCCCCAUCUUAAAAGAAAUGUUGGCGCUAAAACGACUUGCUACCCAUUUAAAGACAUGGACAAAUCGUGGAGAAAAGAAAAUAUUAACAUGUGCGAAAUUCAAGUGUCGAUCGAUUCUGAGGUUCCAUGUAGCCAGUCUAAUUCCAGUGCUCUGCCGCUCUGGAUGAAGGAGGCUGAAGCUGAAUUAAAUUCAUCUGAUGCUUCUAGCGAAGACGAGGCCAACGAUGAUAUAUUAUCAAAGAAAUUACAAAUACCAUCCGUCAACUGGGAGAAACUCAACGAAGAAAAGAAUAAGACCAAUCAAAUUUUAUCCAAUCAAAGAAAACAAAAAAAUAAAGAAAAACACGACAAAAUACGACAUGAAAACAGACGUCGCAAAUUGACUCCUUCUGAUUCACCUUCGGCAUCUUCAUUAGAAAAAUUAUCAACCCUAAAAUCUUCUAUAGAUCAGUGGACUUUGGUCGAAGAAGAAGAUGAAGAAAAUGAAAAUGAGGAAUGAUUUAUUUUCCUUUAUACUAAAUGUUGAAUUUUGAAAACGUAUGUAAAUAGAAAAUUUAUAAAUAUAUUAUGUUAAAUUAAAAGUUUUGUAAAUAGUUAGAAUCUAAAGUAAGAAGUAUUAAAUAAAAUCAGGUGAACAGG